CUCCAGUUAAAAUAUAUUUUUCAAAAAGCUUUUCCAAACUCUUGCAAUCUUGGGCAACCCCCUCUUGGAAUUCCCUUCUCCGAAAUGAGAGGCAGGUUUUUGCCUUUUUUGCAUGCUCCGCCCACCCAAAAAUGAAACUAUCGGAAGGCAAAGUCAGCGCUUCCAAGUUUAGAGUCCAGAUUUGAGAGCCUUUCGCCUUCCGUCCGCUUCUACGAAGUUUGCGCAGCCUCCCGCUCCCUCGCGUGCCGCUUACGCCAGCCUCCUGCCGGAACUGCCCUCUCAGAGUAGCGCUCUCGCGCAGCUGUCGGCGUACGAGGGGCCUAAGCCGGCUUUUACAAGCCUCGGACUGGAGUGAUCGCUCGGCCGGCGGACGUCGCGGGGAAGGCGGGGACGAGUCGGGAGUCCGGAUGCGGCCGUUUUCCACCUCGAGGGCGACCAGGUGGGGUUUCGAGGCAGAGGGGAGAGGAUUAAAACGCGGGGUGGAGUGGGGGGAAACUUCCUUUUAAAAAUUAUUUAAGGGGUGGGGGCGUGGCUUUCUGCUGCCGCCCCCCAAAGUUGGACUGUAGCAGACUUUCCCUCCCCCCGAUAUUUUGUUGUUGUUGUUGUUUAGUCGUGUCCGACUCUUCGUGACCCCAUGGACCAGAGCACGCCAGGCACUCCUGUCUUCCACUGCCUCCCGCAGUUUGGUCAAACUCAUGCUGGUAGCUUCGAGAACACUGUCCAACCAUCUCGUCCUCUGCCAUCCCCUUCUUCUUGUGCCCUCCAUCUUUUCCAACAUUAGGGUCUUUUCCAGGGAGUCUUCUCUUCUCAUGAGGUGCCCAAAGUAUUGGAGCCUCAGCUUCAGGAUCUGUCCUUCCAGUGAGCACUCAGGGCUGAUUUCCUUCAGAAUGGAGAGGUUUGAUCUUCUUGCAGUCCAUGGGACUCUCAAGAGUCUCCUCCAGCACCAGAAUUCAAAAGCAUCAAUUCUUCGGCGAUCAGCCUUCUUGAUGGUCCAGCUCUCACUUCCAUACAUCACUACUGGGAAAGCCAUAGCUUUUACUAUACGGACCUUUGUUGGCAAGGUGAUGUCUCUGCUUUUUAAGAAGCUGUCUAGGUUUGUCAUUGCUUUUCUCCCAAGAAGCAGGCGUCUUUUAAUUUCGUGGCUGCUGUCACCAUCUGCAGUGAUCAUGGAGCCCAAGAAAGUAAAAUCUCUCACUGCCUCCAUUUCUUCCCCUUCUAUUUGCCAGGAGGUGAUGGGCCCAGUGGCCAUGAUCUUCAUUUUUUUGAUGUUGAGCUUCAGACCAUAUUUUGCGCUCUCCUCUUUCACCCUCAUUAAAAGGUUCUUUAAUUCCUCUUCACUUUCUGCCAUCAAUGUUGACUCAUCUGCAUUUCUGAGGUUGUUGAUAUUUCUUCCGGCAAUCUUAAUUCCGGCUAGGGAUUCAUCCAGCCCAGCCUUUCGCAUGAUGAAUUCUGCUUAUAAGUUAAAUAAGCAGGGAGACAAUAUACAGCCUUGUCGUACUCCUUUCCCAAUUUUGAACCAAUCAGUUGUUCCAUAUCCAGUUCUAACUGUAGCUUCUUGUCCCACAUAGAGAUUUCUCAGGAGACAGAUGAGGUGAUCAGGCACUCCCAUUUCUUUAAGAACUUGCCAUAGUUUGCUGUGGUCGACACAGUCAAAGGCUUUUGCAUAGUCAAUGAAGCAGAAGUAGAUGUCUUUCUGGAACUCUCUAGCUUUCUCCAUAAUCCAGCGCAUGUUUGCAAAUUGGUCUCUGGUUCCUCUGCCUCUUCUAAAUCCAGCUUGCACUUCUGGGAGUUCUCGGUCCACAUACUGCUUGAGCCUUCCUUGUAGAAUUUUAAGCAUAACCUUGCUAGCGUGUGAAAUGAGUGCAAUUGUGCAGUAGUUGGAGCAUUCAUUGGCACUGCCCUUCUUUGGGAUUGGGAUGUAGACUGAUCUUAUCCAAUCCUCUGGCCACUGCUGAGUUUUCCAAACUUGCUGGCAUAAAGAAGGGCAGUGCUGGUGGGUUUCAAAUGGUAUUUACCAAUUGCAUUUGGUGGGGCUUAAAAAACAAAAAAUAAAAAAAUUUUGCUCCCCUCUUUUUGCAUCAAUUUCACGACAUUCUGGUGUAAAUGCAAAGGCAUUCCUUUUCCCACUGACAGGGCUAUUGGGUUGUUGUUUUUCUUUUUAUUAUGUGUUUCGUGGUUUUGUAUCUUGAUUUUAUUCUGUGGACCGCCCUGAGACCCCCUGGGUAUAGGGCGGUAUAUACAUUCAGUAAAUAAAUAAAAAUAAAUAGUAAGAGGCUCCAAAAGUCAGCAGGUCUAUCCAUGAGCUUUUCUUUCCAACACGCCCCCCUAUAUAUAUAUAUAUAUAUAUUAAACAAAAGCAGUAUGAUGUGACUAGUCCCUAUUGAUCACCAUAUGGUGUCUGCGGCAAGAAAGAGCCUUCAAUUUCCACCGUUCCAUUUUCUGCUGCGGACAUGAUGGACAGAUGGAUGGCUCCAGUCACAAUGCCUGUCUUAAAUCUUUUUAAAAAUAAAACGAAGGCAUGGAUAGGACAGGAUGAUUCAUGGGGUGGGGGUGGUAUUGGCACACUUUUCACCGCUGAAAAUAGGAGCGUGCUUUCAGUCACUGCUAUUGUCACAUGAAGAAUAAAUUCUUCAGAAGCCCCCACCCCGUAACCCCUUUUUACCUGCUAUAGAACUGAAAUCCCACAUACAAUUUUAAAGCCCUGUAAUUAGAACUUCAGCUAAGAUGUGUUCUGCCCUUUGGGGAAUUGUAAGUUUCUCCCACUCUACUCUGAACGUCACCACUGCACCCCAGAGAAGACAAUCUUAAUAACAACAACAACAAUAAUAAUUUUAUUAUUUAUACCACACCUAUCUGGCUGGGUUACCCCAGCCACUCUUCCUGCCCUAGCAUACCCUCCAACAUUUCUUCGAUGAAAAUAAUGAUAAUUUUACUAUUUAUAACUGACACAACUUACUGGGUUGGCCCAGCCACUCUGGGCAGCUUCCAACACAUAUAAAAACAUUUAAAAAACAACAACUUCCCUAUACAGGAUUACCUUCAGAUGGCUAUGGGGUCGGAUAACUCCAUACCAUCCAACAUUUCUCCAGUGAAAAUAGGGACAUCCUAAGGAAAAGUGGGACAUUCCAGGAUCAAUUCAGAAACUGGGAUGGCUUCUCUAAAUUAGGGACGUCCCCGGAAAUAGGGGCGCUUGGAGGGUCUGCCCUAGAUGUUGGUCCACACUUUGCCAUGGGCCACAGGCACAAUCCCAUCCUGACACGGCUUAACCCCUUUUCUUCUUAUGUCUAGGCACCUUCACCCCACUGUAUCUUUUCCAUUUCGUUUGAAGGUGAAAGGAAAGCGUUGUCAGUUUCAGCUGUGCCUGAACAUAUGAAGAUCCUGCUGGAUCAGGCCAAUGGCCCAUCUGGUCCAGCAUCUUGUUCUCACAGUGACCAACCAGAUGCCCUUUAUGGGAAACCCAGAAGCAGGGCAAGAGCUCCCUCCCGUCCUGUGGUUUCCAGCAAUCGGUGUUCAGAAUUUAAGGCCCUUCAGGAUUUAACCUCCCUCCGUCGGGCCUGUAAGACAGAGCUAUUCCGCCUGGCCUUUAAUUUGAAUUCAGCCUGAUCUUUUAUUUCCUUUCUCUUCCCUUCCCUCCCCUUUUAUGAAGAUCACCCACUCUGAGACCCCACAGCUAAUUCUCCCCUGACCUCCUCGCUGGCCCAAGUAGGACCAAUUCAGCAAGCUAGCUCUGGGGAUUAUCUAAUUUUUUUUUAAUUUUAUGGUUAUUCAUGUUUUUAUACUGUAUUUUAUGCUGCUUUUAUAAUUAAGUGUUUUAAAGUGUUUUAAAUUUGUUGUUAGCCGCCCUGAGCCCGGUUUUUGAACUGGGAAGGGCAGGGUAUAAAUAAAAAUUUAUUAUUAUUAUUAUUAGCAUUUCUGCCUCUGACUGUGGAGGCAGCGCAUAGCCAUUGCGGCUAAUAGCCACUGGUGGCUUCUGGCUCAUGAAAUUGUCCAGUACCCUUCAAAGCGCUCCAAGUUGGUGCCCACCCCUGCCUCCUGUGGGAGUGAGUUCCAGAGGCUAAUCUUAAAGCAGGCAUUUCCAAAGUCUGUUUCGGGGGCCUAAUGCAAUUUAAUCCAGCCCCUGGUGGCAGUAUAUGUCCUGGGGUAAAAAUCCUAAAAAAAAGCUCAGCAAGUUUUAGUUUAAAAUCGCAAAAAAAAGUUCAGCAACUUUGGUUGGCCCUCACGCAUGUUCACUUCAGCAAAUCUGGCCCUCUUUGAAAAAAGUUUGGGCACCCCUGCCUUAAAGGAUGGGAACAGAUUUAUUACAGCUAAUCACGAGCAGCCAUGGGACAUAUUUCACGAGAUUAUAUGAUUUCCUCCCCUCCUUUUACAGUAUACAUUCCUCUUUCACUUCUCUUCCUCCUGGCCCUGAUCCCGCCCCCACUAAAGAAAUUCAAAAUCACAUGAGCAGCCUAAACAACAACAACAACAACAAUAAGUUCUCAUAGCCAUCCUCGUGCUUCAAAAGCAGGUGAUCAAAAAACUCCCUCCAAGACAAACUAGGAAAGGCUGUAGCUUAGUUGGUAGGGCAGCAUCUCCCAGUAGUCUGUUAAUGUUGCCUACUUAAAACCCUGCCGAGCUGCUGCCAGUCAGUGUAGGCAGUACUGAGCUAGAUAGACCAACGUUCUAGCUCUGUAUAUAUAUAUAUAUUUAAAUUAAUAUUUAUUGCAUUUUAAAGGGUUACAAAAAGAAAGAGUUAAAAAACAGCAUAUUUAAGAAAUACAAAACAUCACAUCACGAUAAUAUCAAAAAAAGAAGAAACAAGAAAAAAAAGAAAAAAAGAAAAAAGAAAAAAUACAAUAAAUCUUCCCAUAACUUAUCUUUCAUUUGCUUAUUUCCUUGACCUCCUCACACCUCCCUUUUUUUGUAUUCUAGUUCAAUUAGCUAUUUCAGCAAAUCCUUUCCAUCUUUUCCAGUUUUUGUCCUCUAUUCUAUCUUAGUAUAAUGUAACUUUACUUUCCCUCCUUCACCAUUUAGCAAUCUAUUUUUCCUUAAUCCUUUAUAGCAUUUCUGCUAAAACCACAUUAUUUCAUUCCAACAUCCUUCUAACAUUCCUUAAUUUUACAAUGUUUCUGUAAAUAAACUUUAAAUUUCUUCCAAUCUUCUUCCACCAACUCUUCUCCCUGGUCUCAGAUUCUGCCAGUCAUUUCCGCCAAUUCCAUGUAGUCCAUCACCUUAAUCUGCCAUUCUUCCCGGGUGGGUAGAUCUUGUGUCUUCCAAUACUUCGCGAUAAGUAUUCUUGCUGCUGUUGUGGCAUACAUAAAAAAAGUUCUAUCCUUUUUUGGCACCAAUUGGCCGACCAUGCCCAGGAGAAAGGCUUCUGGUUUCUUCAGAAAGGUAUAUUUAAAUACCUUUUUCAUUUCAUUAUAAAUCAUCUCCCAGAAUGUCUUAAUCCUUGGGCAUGUCCACCAAAGGUGAAAAAAUGUGCCUUCAGUCUCUUUACAUUUCCAACAUUUAUUAUUGGGCAAAUGAUAUAUUUUUGCAAGCUUGACUGGUGUCAUGUACCACCUGUAGAUCAUUUUCAUUAUAUUCUCUCUUAGGGCAUUACAUGCCGUAAACUUCAUACCUGUGGUCCAUAACUUCCCAGUCAGCCAUCAUAAUAUUAUGUCCUAUAUCUUGUGCCCAUUUGAUCAUAGUUGAUUUCACCGUUUCAUCCUGAGUAUUCCAUGUCAACAGCAAGUUAUACAUUCUUGACAAGUUCUUAGUUUUGGGGUCUAACAGUUCUGUUUCCAAUUUUGAUUUUUCCACCUGGAAGCCAAUUUUUUUAUCCAAAUUGUACACCUCCAUUAUUUGGUAAUAAUGGAGCCAAUCUCGCACUCUAUUUUUUAGUUUUUCAAAACUCUGCAAUUUUAAUCUGUCUCCCUCUUGUUCCAAAAUUUCCCAAUAUUUCGGCCAAUUGGCCUCCAUAUUGAGCUUUUUCUGAGCCUUCGCUUCCAUUGCGUUCUAGCUCUGUAUAAGGCAGCUUCCGGUUUUUUGUAUUGCUAGGGACAGCUAAAUAGUGGCAGGGGACUUUUAUUUGCCCACUCCCUGGGGGUUAAAAGGGCCUUUAAUCUCAGUAUUCCCCUUAUAAUGCUCGCCUGGAGGAAGGGGACAGAACUAGAAUUUUUUUGCUCUACCUGCCAUUGGCUCUGGCGCCAACUCCAGCCUCCCUGCCACCUGCCCAAUGGGCACCAGCCACCACUUGGCGUUUGCCUCUCCUGCAACUCCAAAUUUAAAAAUCAAAAUGGUGUGACUAGUCCCUAGUAAUCAGUAAUGCAGCUGCAAGGAAGCUCCUUAAUAUCGCACAUAUUUCCCUUCGGUGAUGUGAUGAACAGGCCGAAGGGUUUAUAAUUUGCUUGGUUGAAAGGCAGUGGGGCAACUCUGGCCCCCAAGUUGCAUAGGAGCUAGACUAUUGGUCCAUCUAGCUCAAAAUUGUCUGCACCUGCUGGCAGCUGCUCCCCAGGGUUUCAGAUACCGCUGGAAAUAUUUCGAUAGAAGGAGGGAAAUAUAGAGCAGGGGAGGAACAGAGUUUUGCAGGCUCUUGAAGUCAGCCUCAAGUCCUUGCACAAUACUCCCUCUGUUUGGAUUUGAUGCCGUAAAGGGGUGUGUGUGUGUGUGUGUGUACACACAGGCGAGAUUGCGGCACACCUUUUAAUUUUUACUGUGGGCGACGUUUGCGUUAUCAGGACGCAAAGCUGUCCUUCAGGCUAAUGUCAAGAACUGGGAGGUCGUUAAAAAAGAAAAGAGGAGAAUGAAAAUAAACGAAAUAGGAGCUUGCGGGAUGCUCAAGGUCGCCUCUCCCCAGGAAGCAGGAAGGUUGGUCUGUAAAAGGAGGCAUACCUGGGCAGAGGAAGUGGACUUAGGAAGCUGUCUUAUGCAGACUCAGACCAUCGGUCCAUAUAGCACAGUACUGUCUCCACUGACUGGUAGCAGGCAGGAGUCUCUCCCAGCCUUACCUGAAGACGGAACCUGGGAGCUUCUGCAUUAAGCUGUGCCCCUUCUCUUAAGACAUAGGAUGCUGUCUUAUACUGAGCAGACUUUUGGUCCAUCUAGCUCAGUACUCCCUACACUGGCUGGCAGCGGCUCUCCAGAGUUUUAGAUGUUUAAAAAAUUGGUGCUAGUUUCAACUUGUUUUUAGCCUACGGUUACUUUAACUUUUGGGACGUGGGAGGCGCUGUGGGUUAAACCACAGAGCCUAGGACUUGCCAAUCAGAAGGUCGGCGGUUCGAAUCCCCGCGACGGGGUGAGCUCCCGUUGCUCGGUCCCUGCUCCUGCCAACCUAGCAGUUCGAAAGCACGUCAAAGUGCAAGUAGAUAAAUAGGUACUGCUCCGGCGGGAAGGUAAACGGCGUUUCUGUGCGUUGCUCUGGUUCGCCAGAAGCGGCUUAGUCAUGCUGGCCACAUGACCCGGAAGCUGUACACCGGCUCCCUUGGCCAAUAAAGCGAGAUGAGCGCCGCAACCCCAGAGUUGGUCACGACUGGAUCUAAUGGUCAGGGGUCCCUUUACCUUUUACCUUUAACUUUUUGGAAGUAUUAAAUUAUUUUUGAUUUUUCUUGCUGAUAAUGUUAUUGUUUUAUCAUUUUUAUAAGCCUUUUUUUUUUUGCAACCAUAUGGUGUAUAAUUUCUAAGAAAUGAUAAUCUUAAUAACAACAACAAGAGGAGAAGAUAGACUGAGCUGGGCUAUGUAGGUUCCAUGCUGUCAGUUUUAAAAUGUUUUGCUUGCAUGCUGCCUUGUCAGCCUAGACCCCACUGAGCAUCUUGUCUUGAAUUCAUAGGUUGGGAGGGGGCCAACAUCACUGCAGUCUUCAUUUAUUGGAUCACGAACCUGUGCCACAUCUGUCUGGCCGCUCUGCUCAGAGACUGCCACCUGUUGGCUAUUUGCAGUAUGGUUGCGCUGCAGAGAGCUUGCUGGGGAGACCAUGCAUUAAAAAGGGACUCAAAAAUAGCUUAAACAAGGUUUUAAUAAGAAAAACAAAAACUCCUUUUACACUAAAUACAUUAACAAACAAACCAGACCCAACCACCAACCCAUCCCCCAGGGUAAUGGGAGAGCUAGGUGCUGCUCCUUAUAUACUACACCCAAUUGCCAACACAGCUUAAUCAAUACAACUCAGCAGCACCUGCUAUGUUUCACAGCUGUAAGACUGGGUCUCGUUAUCUUGCUCUGGCCCUUGCUCUGGCCCCUUAAAGACAUACACAUCGGGUGGAACAGUGAUGAACCUUUACAUUUAAAGAAACCAUUCAACACCACCAAGGGUGAGACAAACUGUAAAGUCACUGGUUCCAUCAAAACACUCGAGCCAUCAAGAAGCCUCUGCCAACAUUCAACCAAAAUCUGCUCUACUAUAAUUAUGAGAUCUAGGAUCUGUCCUAGAACAAGUCUUUUUUAAAAAAGGAAAAUUGGGGUUUUUUGUGGGGAGGUAGUGAAGAGUUUUUAAAAUUUCAUUUUAUAAUGUAUAUAAAACAGAACAAUUAUGACAACAGAUGGAAAUGAACACACACAAAACAAAUAGCUAAAAUGAGCACAGUUACAUCUGGAUCAAGUAAAAAAGUCCAGGUCUUGAAAGGAAAAACAGUGAGAUUAAAAGUCGUCUUCACAUAAAGAAAGAAUAUUAGUGUGAUUUGAUGGUCAGAUUUGGCAGGCUUGUGACGAUGACUGUCUUGGAAUUGACAGUUCCACUAUACGUGUAAUAAAGGAAUGUCCUUAUCAAAAUGUCAGGCAAUGCGUAGUUUUCUCCAUUGCAGCUAUAUGGAAGAAAGUUUAUUGACAGCUUUAAAGCAAUCAACGUAGUACAAAACAGGCUCUGUAAUCCCAUAGCUGUUCUGGAGCACAGGUGCGCUUUUUGAGACCUUUGCAGCCCAACGUGGACAGCACGUUGGAUUGAUGUUGAGGCAGAUUCCAGUUCCACCAGCAAGACCCUGAAAAAUGAAUCUCAUGUACAGAUGGACAGCACCUUUAUCCCAGUAAUAUUAGCAUUCAUAAAGGGGGCCCACAGCUUCUCAAAUGCAUCGACCCAGUAGAGUAGAUGUAUUAGGGUUGCCUCACCUCCAGGACUCUAUCCGUGGCAUGGAUAGAGAAAAGUUUUAGAUACAGUCGUACCUUGGUUCUCGAACACCUUGGUGGUGUUGUUGUUUAGUCGUGUCCGACUCUUCGUGACCCCAUGGACCAGAGCACGCCAGGCACUCCUGUCUUCCACUGCCUCCCACAGUUUGGUCAAACUCAUGCUGGUAGCUUCGCGAACCCUGUCCAACCAUCUUGUCUUCUGUCAUCCCCUUCUCCUUGUGCCCUCCAUCUUUCCCAACCCAUCAGGGUCUUUUCCAGGGAGUCUUCUCUUCUCAUGAGGUGGCCAAAGUAUUGGAGCCUCAGCUUCACGAUCUGUCCUUCCAGUGAGCACUCAGGGCUGAUUUCCUUAAGAAUGGAGAGGUUUGAUCUUCUUGCAGUCCAUGGGACUCUCAAGAGUCUCCUCCAGCACCAUAAUUCAAAAGCAUCAAUUCUUUGGUGAUCAGCCUUCUUUGUGGUCCAGCUCUCACUUCCACACAUCACUACUGGGAAAACUAUAGCUUUAACUACCUUGGUACUCAUACAUUUUGGCUCCUGAACGCCAAAAACCAAGAAGUAAGUGUUCCGGUUUUUGAACGUUUUUUUGGAAGCCAAACAUCUGUUGUGGCUUCUGCUUGAGUGCAGGAAGUUCCUGCAGCCAAUCAGAAGCCACGCCUUGGUUUUUGAACGUUUUCGGAAGUCAAACGGACUUCUGGAACGGAUUACGUUUGAGAACCAAGGUACGACUGUAUAUUUGUAUGUGUAUGUAUAUAUAUAUUCUCUUGCAUGUUUAUUCCCUGUGCAUAUCUCUGGUUUUUGCAGCAGCUGGUGAAAAUGGCAGCCAACCGCCAGCAGCGGUGGAGGCCCUGGGGAAGAUUGGCGCAGCCACAGCCGGAGAAGGAGGAGGUGUCUGAAUGCGUGGGCCGGCAGCUGGGCGAUCCGGGGAAGUUUGCCUACGCGGCCCUCUGCGCUGUCUCUUUGGCAUCAUUGUUUCCCGAGGAAGAGGAAAGGUAGGCGCUCGAGUGAAGGAGAGAAUGCAGGUUCUGUUCUGUUCUGUGCUUAUUCCUGCUGACGGCAUGGAGGGGGAUGAUGGGAGUUGUAAGGUAAAGGGUAAAGGGACCUCUGACUGUUAGGUCCAGUCGCGGACAACUCUGGGGUUCAUCUUGCUUUAUUGGCCGAGGGAGCCAGCGUACAGCUUCCAGGUCAUGUGGCCAGCAUGACUAAGACGCUUCUGGCGAACCAGAGCAGCGCACAGAAACACCGUUUACCUUCCCGCCGGAGCGGUACCUAUUUAUCUACUUGCACUUUGACCUGCUUUUGAACUGCUAGGUUGGCAGGAGCAGGGCCGAGCAAUGGGAGCUCACCCCGUCGCCAGGAUUCGAACCGCCAACCUUCUGAUUGGCAAGCCCUAGGCUCUGUGGUUUAACCCACAGCGCCACCCACGUCCCUGAUGGGAGUUGUACUCUGCAACUUAAUGGAAGGCACCGCAUUGGCUGCCCAUGCGAUAGGCUGGGGAGAAUCCCCACUCCGCCAGGAAGCUCCCCAAGGUGAACUUGAGGCCGUUGUCAUCUCCGCACCUCACCUUUUUCGCAGGUUUGCGAAAAUAAUGAGGGGAGAAGUAGCUUCGGAGAAGGAUAACUCAAAUGAUCGAGGAGAUGGAGCGACUCCUUUGAGGAAAGGUUGUUUCCUCAAUGUCUCUUGCGGCUUUCUAGUUAAGUGAAAAGGCGGGGAAAAGGCGACAUGAUAGAAGUUUGUAAAAUUAUGAAAGAAGAAUGGCAGACGAAAUUAAUGGACUAUGCAGAAUUGGACAAAAUGACAGGAAGGAUUCGAAACCUUCGGGACAAGAGAUUUACAGAAGAUUGGAAGAAGUAUAUGAACUAUUUGAAGAGCAACUGUAAUCAACAAAUUACGCUAGUGGGACUACAAGAAGUUUUGUAAGGAGAAAUUUAUGAAGCUUUACAAAGUAGAUAAAGAAUAGAGAUAUUGGUUAUGAGUUUUAAAUGUAAUAGGGAAAGUAAGAAAUGUAUACUAAGAGAUUAGAUUAUAUAUAUAUUCGUAAAAUUAUAUGCAUAUCAGAAGCACUGGAUAGAGAGAAGCUUUUCUGCCUCUCUCGUAUGACAAGAAAUGGGGGGUGUCCUAUGAAGCUUAGUGUUGGGAGAUUCAGAACAGAUGAAAGAAAGCCCUUCCUCACACAGCAGAGAGUUAAACUGUGGAACUCCCUGCCACAGGAGGCAGGGAUGGCCACCAGCUUAGAUGAAUCAUAGAAUCAUAGGAUUGUAGAGUUGGAAGGGGUCCCUGCAGUGCAGGAACCUCGAUUGAAGCAUCUGUGACGGAUGGCCAUCCAACCUCUGCUUAAAAACCUCCAAGGAAGGAGAGUCCAUCUCCCGAGGGAGUCCAUUCCACUUGACCAACAGCUCCUGCUGUCGGAAAGUCCUUCCUGAUGGCUAGCCAGAAUCUCCUCUCUUGUAACUUGAAGCCGUUGGUUCGAGUCCUACCCUACAGAGCAGGAGUCUUAAAAGAAGAUUAACGGAGGACGAGAUGUCUAUGGUUACUAGCCAGGAUGGCUUUUGCUCUGCUCUGCAGUCAGAGACAGCGCUGCUUCUGAAUACCAGCUGUUGGAAAGGGCAGGAGGGGAGAGUUGCUUUUGUGCUUGAGCCCUGCUUGCUUAACCAUUUUUGUUGUGUAUGUUUUGAAGGCCAUACAGGACGGGUUUUGUGGAGAGCCUGGUGGAAUGGCUGCAGCUUUCAGACGCCGUCCUGCCUGCUAUGUUGGCGUUUGUCGGUGGUCUGGGGGGUGAAGGGACGGAGACUUUUGCGCAGAUCCUCUUGAAGGAGCCGCUCAUGAAAGACGACCCCAGCAUCAUCACACAGGUAGGUUCUGUUGGGAUACUGCCGGGGAGACGGGGGCAUCAGGCAGGCCCCCAGCUGGCUCCAGCCACCGGCCGGCAGCCAGGCGAACUCCGGUCUCCCUUGGAACAGCAUCAAACAGUGACACAAUCCUCAGAUACCUUUAGAGACUUGGCACGCUCUAUCAGCAGAGUGAAUAAAUCUUCACACAACGCAAGUGGCGGACAGAGACAUGUAUAAGCAUUAUUUACAGGCGUUUAUUCAGCAUAGUUCAGGAACAAAGGGAAAACAUGUCUGCUUCCCUUCGUGUCCAAGCAAACAGCAGAUAAAGAAAAAGCAAUAUACAAAUGGAAGUUCCCAGCAAGCCUGUGCUGGAAGUAAACAGGCAUGUGACACACAACAGUCAUGCCUGUUCCUCUUAAGGUGGAACGGAACGCUAUCCUAACAGGUUAGACUCCAUCUCCAUCUCCACAUUCUCUGCUUAGCACCACUGUGAACAAGUCAAGAAAAGGUUAUAAUUCUUUGGCAAAAAUUUGCUGCUGCUGAGCCAGACUUAACCAGAAGGAUCUCUGGUGCAGAUCCUCCACCUACUUGCGCUUUAGUAAUCUGCAGACAAGUUGCUAUGCUUUUUAAAGAGAGAGAAAGCGAGAAGGAAAAAAUAUUUAGUUUUCCAGCUAUACACAGUUGAUUUUAUUCAAGAUGGACAUCUGCGAACUUUUAAUAAUGUAGCUUCUGACCUCUUGUUUGAAAAAGCUGGCCUUUCCCCAAAAUAACUUAAGACUAACAAUGCAUAAGCCAAGUGGUUGCUUAGCUUGUUUCUGAACUACUCUGAAUGGUCCCCUCUGAUGAUGAUGAUGAUGAUGAUGAUGGUGAUUUAUUUAUACCCCGCCCACCUGGCUGGGUUUCCCCAGCUACUCUGGGCGGCUACCAACCAAAUAUUAAAAACAAUACAGCAUUAAACAUUAAAAACUUCCCUAAACAGGGCUGCCAUCAGGUGUCUUUUAAAAGUAAGAUAUUUGCUUAUUUCCUUGACAUCUGAUGGGAGGGUGUUCCACAGGGCAGGUGCCACUACCGAGAAGGCCCUCUGCCUGGUUCCCUGUAACCUCACUUCUCUCAGGGAGGGAACUGCCAGAAGGCCCUCGGAGCUGGACCUCAGUGUCCAGGCUGCACGAUGGGGGUGGAGACACACCUUCAGGUAUACUGGGCUGAGGCUUUAAAGGCCAGCACCAACACUUUGAAUUGUCCUUGGAAACGUACUGGGGGCCAAUGUAGGUCUUUCAAGACCGGUGUUAUGUGGUCUUGGCGGCUGCUCCCAGUCACCAGUCUAGCUGCCGCAUUCUGGAUUAAUUGCAGUUUUGAGUCACCUUCAAAGGUAGCCCCACGUAGAGCGCAUUGCAGUGGUCCAAGCUGGAAAUAACUAGCACAUGCACCAUUGAGCAGCUGUUCUGUCCUGAGCUACCACAGAUUUCAGAUUUUCCACCUUCAAUGGAUCCUUUCGGUAUCCACUAAUAUGCCAAGGAAGUUGGAUCAGGCCAAUGAACCGUUCAGGCCAGCAUCCUGUUCUCACAGUGGCUAAUCAGAUGCCCCAACAGGAAGCCCCACAGCAGGACCCGAACAUAGCACAUGUGGUUCUCAGCAACUCGCAUUCAGAGGCAGGAUAUUGCCAUUGUGGAUAGUGGCCUUCUCUUCCAGUCCUCUUUUAAAACCGUGGAAAUUGGUGGCCAUCACCACCUCCUAUGGAAGCAAGUUUUAACUCUGCAAAGAAGGACUUUAGCAUCCGCCGACCCUAAGUUAGCCUAGCCUGAACGAGAAUAAAAUUGCGCACAACCUUCUUUUUUCAUUUUGUUUUGCAUACCCCCACUUUCUCAGAGAAGGGAUUAGCUGUUGGUUGCAGGGGUUAUGGCUAACUAUGGGGCACUUCAGUGCCAAAGAUCAAGUACAUUUUAAAUUGAGACUUCUGUGCAUAUUCAGAAGCCUGCACUUAAAGGGAUUCCCUUUUUAAUAUGUUCUCAUUAUUCUUCCCCCCCCCACCACCCUCUUCUGUUCUAGGAUCUUGUGUCCUUCUCUCUCAAGGACGGUAAGUGAGAUUUGAGGGCCCUCUUUCUCCUCUGAGUCGUUAUCAAAAAUAUAAAACUGUUAAACGGAAAUGAUUUCAUGGAAAUGUGGUGUGAUUUCAUGUGGUUUAUUGCGUUUCUAUCCCACCUUUUCCUCCAAGGAGCUCAGACUGGAAUACGGUGGUACCUUGGGUUAAGUACUUACAGUGGUGCCCCGCAAGACGAAUGCCUCGCAAGACGGAAAACCCGCUAGAUGAAAGGGUUUUCCGUUUUUGAGUUGCUUCGCAGGACGAAUUUCUCUAUGGGCUUGCUUCCCAAGACGAAAAUGUCUUGCGAGUCUUGAGAUUUUUUUUUCGCUUCCCCCCCCCUUUUAUCUAAGCCGCUAAGCCUUUAAUAGCCUUUUAGCAGCUAAUUCGCUAAGCCGAUAAGCCUUUAAUAGCCGCUAAACCGCUAAUAGCGCUAAUCCGUUAAGCCGCUAAUAGGGUUGAUUCACAAGACGAAAAAACCGCUAGACGAAGACACUCGCGGAACGGAUUCAUUUCGUCUUGCGAGGCACCACUGUAAUUCAUUCCGGAGUUCCGUUCUUAACCUGAAACUGUUCUUAACCUGAAGCACCACUUUAGCUAAUGGGGCCUCCCGCUGCCGCCGUGCCGCCGGAGCACGAUGUCUGUUCUCAUCCUGAAGCAAAGUUCUUAACCUGGGGUACUAUUUCUGGGUUAGCAGAGUCUAUAACCUGAAGCGUAUGUAACCCGAGGUACCCCUGUACGUGGUUCCCCCCCUCCUCAUUCAAUCCUCACAACAACCCUGUGAGGUAGGUUAAGCUGAAAGGCAGUGACAGGCCCAAGGUUACCCAGUGAGCUUCAUAGCCAGGUGGGAGGGAUUUGAACUCUGGUCUCUCCCAGGCCCUAGUCCGACACUCUAAACCAGGCAUAGGCAAACUCGGCCCUCCAGAUGUUUUGGGACUACAAUUCCCAUCAUCCCUGACCACUGGUCCUGUUAGCUAGGGAUGAUGGGAGUUGUAGUCCCAAAACAUCUGGAGGGCCGAGUUUGCCUAUGCGUACUCUAGUCUAAACCAAUGGCUCCCACAGUGGGGAUUAAGUAGAGGGCAAUAAGGAUUACCUCGCCAGACAAUAAGAGGCAAGGGAGCUGCAAGCGGGCACUGGAGGUGUAAAUGACUUAUCAGACCUUGGGUAUUUGGCAUCAAUUUAAUCAGUUUUGCUGAAUUAAUCUAUUAUUAUUAGCAUUAAUAUGCCGCCCAAUUGGCUGGGUUACCCCAGCCAUUCUGGGUGGCUUCCAGCAAAUUAAAACACAAUAAGACAUUGAACAUUAAAAACUUCCCUAUACAGGGCUGCCUUCAGAUGUCUUCUAAAAGUCAGGCAGUUGUUUAUUUUCUUGACAUCUGAUGGGAGGGCGUUCCACAGGGUGGGCGUGGCUACUGAGUAGGCCCUCUGCCUUAAAUAGUUUCAAUUGGAUUUGAAUCAAUGUGCAAUGAAUUGUUAUUGUUUUGAAUUUCUUCCUUAGUGGCUUGUGAAAACUGCUAUUCUGAAUAAUGCUUUUUUUAAAAAAAGCAUGGAGUAGGGGGCACUCGGGAUGAGUUUAUGGAACCAAGUGGGUGGUGGCCCAAAAAUCACUGGCUCUCUGCUGGUUCUUGGUCCUAGCUUAAAUGUCCAGGAACAAACAGGACCUGGUUUGUCCCAGGGGCCAAAGGCUCCCUACCACUGCCUUAGACAAAAGCCUGGGUGGGCUAAACCUGUGUAAGUAUGGGGGAUUUGGUAUUCUGGUAACAGUUCAUUGGGGAAAUUUCAUCAUGCCGUCCUGUCGAACGGAGAGUGAUGGGAAUUAUAGGGACAGAACUACCCAAACUGUAUAGAAACUUAUGCAUGUAUGCUACUACAACGGCCAGAACAUAUAGGCAUAUUAAACACAUAAAACGUUAUAUACAAUUAAUGGAAAAGGGUGUUCAAAAUAACUUUUAUUUAAAAAAAGACCAGAACCUUUUCUUUUGGAAAUUAUAGGGACAGAACUACCUAAACUGUAUAGAAAUGUAUUCAUGUAUGCUACUACAGUGGCAAGAAUGUUACUUGCCCCAAAGUGGGAAGAAGCAGAAGUCGCAGCAAAGGAAGAAUGGAUACAAAAACUUAUGGAAUAUGCAGAAAUGGCGAAACUUACUGAAAUAACAAGAAAUCAUGAUAACAUUUUUUUUAAAAUAAAAGAAUGGAAAUGGUUUAUUGAAUAUUUACAGAUAAAUUGUAAAGAGAUAAGAGCUUUGGCAGGUUUAUUGUAAUAACCUGCAGUUCUAUAAGAGUAUAUAUUUAAAGAAGAUGAAUAAAUGAGCAAAUUAUGUUAAUUUGGAUAUGCAGAAGAUAUUAAAAACAAAUCUAAGGAACCGCAGAAAGAGGGGGAAGGAAGUCAAGUUUUGAAAUGUUGUAAUGAUUGUAAAAUUAGUGAAAAAUCUGAAAAGCAUAAAUGAAAUUUAAGGGGGGGAAAGACACUGACUGGCCGCAUUUGGUGGCCUUUGGCUCUUUCCUUGCCUUCCAGGCACCUACGACGCCCGAGCGAGGGUGCUCCUCUCCCACAUCACCUGGCUGCUGAGGAUUCCCCCUGCAGAACUGGAAGCUUCGGAGGAGCGUCUGCUUGAGUGCCUGAAAGAGGAGGAAGAGGAGGAGGAAUCUGAGUAAGGCUGUUUCCCCAGAAAUGCUUUCAUUAAAAGAAGCAGGCGUCUUUUAAUUUCGUAACUUCUGUCACCAUCUGCAGUGAUCAUGGAGCCCAAGAAAGUAAAAUCUCUCACUGCCUCCAUUUCUUCCCCUUCUAGAUGCUUUCAUAGAACCAUAGAUUCGUAGCGCUGGAAGGGACCCCAUGGGUUAGAGUCCAACUGCCCCCUGCAAUGCAGGAAUCUCAACUGAAGCAUCCAUGACAUCUCCUCUCCUUAUCCAACCUCUCCUUAAAGACCUCCAAAGAAGGAGAGUUCUUUUGUAAGAAUGUAAGAAGAGCCCUGCAGGGAAUCAGGCCAGUGGAUUAUCUAGUCCAGGAUCCUCUUCUACCAGUGGCCAAGCAAAUGCCCCAGUUGGAAAGCCCGCAAGUAGGGAUCACGCCCCAAGAACCCUCUCCCCGCCUGCGGCUUCCAGCAACUAGUAUUCAGAAGCAUUGCUGCCUCCAGCUGUGUAGAGGCAGAGUGUGGCCACUGUGGCUAAAAGGUAAAGGUAAAGGGACCCCUGACCAUUAGGUCCAGUCGUGACCGACUCUGGGGUUGCGGCGCUCAUCUCGCUUUAUUGGCCGAGGGAGCCGGUGUACAGCUUCCAGGUCGUGUGGCCGGCAUGACUAAGCCGCUUCUGGCGAACCAGAGCAGCGCACGGAAACGCCAUUUACCUUCCCGCCGGAGUGGUACCUAUUUAUCUACUUGCACUUUGACGUGCUUUCGAACUGCUAGGUUGGCAGGAGCAGGGACCGAGCAAUGGGAGCUCACCCCGUCGCGGGGAUUCGAACCGCCAACCUUCUGAUUGGCAAGUCCUAGGCUCUGUGGUUUAACCCACAGCGCCACCCGCGUCCUGGCCACUGGGGCUAGUAGCCAUUAAAAAACAAACAACCCACAACGUUUACGUCCUGAUGCUGGGAAGGGUUUUAAGAACCCCUUUGCCACAGGUGUCCUUGAAACCUUGCGCAAUGGCAAGUCUGGUCUCUAUGAAAAAUCAGCUGCCAGCCAGAGGUGCAGGCUUGUUCCCUUAAACAAAUACUUUUAAGCUGCUGUUAUUGGUCUUCUGGGAAAUUGCCUGUGUACAUAUUUUAAUAGCUGCUGUUUUCACUACACAAGCUGCCAAAUCGCUAGGAAGGAUUUUCAAGGUAAGCGUUGCCAGUACUGUUCUUUUAUCACCAUUAUGAUUUCUGGUUCUGUUUUCAGUCAUAAAAAGUAAGCAUUAUUAUUAUUAUUAUUAUUAUUAUUAUUAUUAUCAUCUUACCCUAUCUUUCCCCCCAGAUUACACAAGUUAAAGCCACACAGAUUAAACUCAGGUUGCUAAAAAUACAUAAUAAAGGUAAAGGGACCCCUGACCAUUAGGUCCAGUCGUGGCCGACUCUGGGGUUGCGGCGCUCAUCUCGCUUUAUUGGCCGAGGGAGCUGGAGUACAGCUUCCAGGUCAUGUGGCCGGCAUGACUAAACCGCUUCUGGCGAACCAGAGCAGCGCACGGAAACUCCGUUUACCUUCCCGCCAGAGCGGUACCUAUUUAUCUACUUGCACUUUGACGUGCUUUCGAACUGCUAGGUUGGCAGGAGCAGGGACCGAGCAACGGGAGCUCACCCGUCGCGGGGAUUCGAACCGCCGACCUUCCGAUCGGCAAGUCCUAGGCUCUGUGGUUUAACCCACAGCGCCACCCGCAUCCCGGGAAAAAACAACAACAUAAUAGAUAAUAGUUAAAAAGCAAUCCAGUUCUAAUAGAAUUGAAGCAAUUUAAAAUAACCAAACCAAGUGUGUUAAAAUACAGAGGGCAAAAGCAGCGCAGCACUAUGAAAGCCCUUUUCUUAAAAGAAGGGAGGUGGGAACCAGUUUGUAAAGGUGCCGAAAAGAGUUCAAUGAAGGGGCCUGCCUGAUAGCAAUAGGCAGGGAAUUCCGAAGUGUAGGUACUGUUGAGACUCUCACGCCCAUCUCUUCUGCCACUGCCAGGACGGCAGCAGCUGCGCGGAAAAAGAAAGAGAAAAACAGGAGGUUGAAGAGGUACCUGUUGAUCGGCUUGGCGACUGUUGGUGGGGGGACAGUAAUAGGUGAGUGACACUGCGCCCCCAUCUGUUGUCCGUGCCAGCUAGGGGCAGCUGGCUUCUAAAUUCUUGUGACCCACUUGCUCCUCCAGACCCAGUCUAGUUAACCUGUGGCCCUCCAGAUAUUGAUGGACUCCAGCUCCCACCAGUCCCCUUUUGGCCAGCAUGGCUAAUGGUUAGGGAUGAUGGGAACCAUCGCUCAGCAGCAUGCCUGGGCCAAAGGUUCCCCGUCCCUGCAUUAAAAGAAGGCAGAGUUACGAUGGAGUUAGUAAAGGUAAAGGGACCCCUGACCAUUAGGUCCAGUCGUGGCCGACUCUGGGGUUGCGGCGCUCAUCUCGCUUUAUUGGCCGAGGGAGCCAGCGUACAGCUUCCGGGUCAUGUGACCAGCAUGACUAAGCCGCUUCUGGCGAACCAGAGCAGCACGGAAACACCGUUUACCUUCCUGCAGGAGUGGUACCUAUUUAUCUACUUGCACUUUGACGUGCUUUCGAACUGCUAGGUUGGCAGGAGCAGAGACUGAGCAACGGGAGCUCACCCCGUCGCGGGGAUUCAAACCACCGACCUUCUGAUCAGCGAGUCCUAGGCUCUGUGGUUUAACCCACAGUGCCACCCACGUCCCUUUACGAUGGAGUUACUAUUUAUUAAAUAUGUAUAUUGCCCUGGCCUAUACCCACAGGUUUCAGGGCGGUUACAACAUGAAAUCACACCUUUUUUCAAUUAUGGAUCAUUUCCCAAUACUCUUUCCCCCUUUUACAAGUCCACCACAUAUGAAGAAUGUUCCCUCAAACUCUUUGCAUCUCCAGCACUUAUCUGAUUCAGUCUUAUACAUCUUAGCAAGCCCACUCGGAGUUAAAUACCAUCUGCAAAUCAUUUUCAAGUGGUUCUUCUUCAAAGAAUAACAUGCUGUAAACUUCAAGUCAGAGUUUUCCCAGAGGUUAAAAAUCUAUAUUGUGUCCUAUAUCUGUUGCCCAGUGUGUCAUUGAGGCUUUAACAAGUUUGUCUUUUGUUUCUCAGUCUAAUAACAGAAGUUUGGACAAAAGUUUCUUUUUGUUUUGUAGAAAUUCUUUUUUCGAAUUGUGAGCUUUGGUCUGCAGCAUUAAUGACUUAGGUUUAGGUUUAGGAGAGAGGGUGUGCAGCCUGGGAAUGAGAGACUCCCAAGGGCCGGAGAAUCAUAGGAUCCUAAAUUUUGGAGUUGGAAGGGACCAGGAGGAUCAUCUGGUCCAACCCCCCUGCAGUGUAGGACCCUUUUACCCAACGUGGGGCUCAAACCCUCGACCCUGAGGCUAAAGAAUCUCACUCUCUGCCAACCGAGCCUGGGGAUCUGCACUUUGCUCCCAGGUCUGAGGUUCCCUUCCCUCGACCCUCUGCCAGGAGUUGAAACAGCAUCCCUCUGUUUUCAGGUCUGACAGGGGGCCUGGCUGCCCCCCUGGUGGCAACGGGAGCAACGGCGAUCAUUGGCAGCGCUGGGGCCGCUGCCCUCGGUUCGGUGGCUGGGAUGGCUGUCAUGGGGUCGCUCUUUGGAGCUGCAGGAGCUGGACUCACAGGUAAGCCACCUCCUUGGGUGCAAAACAAACUCUUCUUCUUCUGUGCAGCUGGGUCUCUAGGGGGAAGCAGGGGGCAGUGUGUCCAAUCUGUUUAGUAAUUAUUAUUAUUAUUAUUAUUUAUUAUUUAUACCCCGCCCAUCUGGGUUGGGUUUCCCCAGCCACUCUGGGCAGCUUCCAACAAAAUAUUAAAAUAUAAUGGUCUGUUAAACAUUAAAAGCUUCCCUAAACAGGGCUGCCUUCAAAUGUCUUCUAAAAGUCUGGUAGUUGUUCUUUUCUCUGACAUCUGGUGGGAGGGCGUCCCACAGGGCGGGUGCCACUACCGAGAAGGCCCUCUUCCUGGUUCCCUGUAGCUUUGCUUCUUGCAGGGAGGGAACCGCCAGAAGGUCCUUGGUGCUGGACCUCAGUGUCCGGGCUGGACGAUGGGGGUGGAGACGCUCCUUCAGGUAUACUGGGCCGAGGCCGUUUAGGACUUUAAAGGUCAGCACCGACACUUUGAAUUGUGCUCGGAAACGUACUCUUAGGACCCUAACCCAGUGGUUCCCAAAGUGGGUAUGGGUGGUGGGAUUAUCUGGCAGGGGGCACUAGGGGGCAAUUGAGUGUCCAUGACUAUCAGAGCUCCAAAAACUGGUGUCACUGGAUCAAUUUUGAAUAAUCAAACUGAAAAGUUUUAAUUGGAUUUUUAACAAAUAUUUGAUUGACUGUUACUGUUUAUUGAAUUCUAUUACCUCCCUUAGUGGGUUGUGCAAACUGCAACUAUCUGGUUCAAUGUUGUCUGCACUGACUGGCAGCAGUUCUCCGGGAUUUCAGGUGGGGAGCGUUGCAUGCAGAACGGGCCGGAUUCAAUCUCCGGCAGAGCUGGGGGGAACCUUGUCUGAAUUUUUGGGGAGCUGCUGCCAAGCAGUGUAUUUAUUUAUUUUUAUAAUCUUUUUAUUUGAUUUUUAAAAAAUAAGGAAAGGAAAGAGAAAAAAGAAAAUAAACAUACAUCCAAAACACCAUACAAACUCCACAUAUCAAGAUUACUCUGAAUCUCCUGACUUCCCCCCAUUCCUUCCAUUGGUCCUUUUGACUCUAUUUUCAACUGCAUAUCAACACAAUACAGCAUUUCAUCUUCCUAAGUUAUCUACAUUUUGUUACAUUACAAGUGUGUUUAAAAUCGUGCUAAUGUUUUGACCUGUUUACAAUGAUUUUGUAUAUACAGUGGUGCCCCGCAAGACGAAUGCCUCGCAAGACGAAAAACUCACUAGACGAAAGAGUUUUCCGUUUUUUGAGUCAUUCCGCAAGACGAAUUUCCCUAUGGGCUUGCUUCAAAAGACGAAACGUCUUGCGAGUUCUUGCGAGUUUGUUUCCUUUUUCUUAAAGCCGCUAAGCCGUUAAUAGCCGCUAAGCCGCUAAUAGCCGCUAAGCCGCUAAUAGCCGUGCUUCGCAAGACGAAAAAACCGCAAGACGAAGAGACUCGCGGAACGGAUUAAUUUCGUCUUGCGAGGCACCACUGUAUGUGAGAAACAUUAACCAUUCUUUUCCAGAUUUCUGUCUUCUUGGUUCCCGAGCUUCCCAGUUAAUUUUGCCAUUUCGGCAUAGUCCAUCAACUUGAUUUGCCAUUCUUCUUUGGUUGGGGUUGUCCCUUCGUUCCAUCUCUGGGCUAACAGCAUCCGAGCGGCCGUUGUAUUAUACAUAAAUAGUUUCCUCUGGUCUUUUGGAAUCUCAGUACCUAUAAUUCCUAACAAAAAAGCUUCUGGUUUCUUUAAAGAAAGGUUAUUUUAAACAUUUUUUUCAUUUCAUUAAAUAUCAUUUCCCAGAAUUUUUUUUAGCUACAUUGCAGUUCCACCACAUAUGAUAAAAGGUACCUUCUUUUUCUUUACAUUUCCAGCAUAUAUUGGUACAGCUGCCAAGCAGUGUAAACCAGGGGUGAAGGAAUCUUUCAUGGCAAUCUUCAGAGCAAUGGGGGGGGGCAAAGUGGGCGGGACCUUUGAAUGCUAGCUACACUCCAGUCCUGAUUCGGGGCUUCCCAUUGGGGCAUCUGGUUUGGCUGCUGUGAGUACAAAAUGCUGGACUAUGCCCAGGGACAGUCUACCAGGUUGGCCACUGUGAAAACAGGAUGCUGGAGCGGGUGAGCUCCCUUUGGCCAGUAGCCAGACUCCUAAGUUCCUAGGAGAUUUGAGCUCAUGCCAAUAAAAAUAAAAAAAAUAUACUGCCCUUCAUCCGAGAUCCACAGGGCAGUUUACAAUGUAAAAACAGGAAAAGUACAUAAAAACCUGUGUGUCUCAUUAAAAAAGGAAGUAGGUCAUGCAAAAUUGAAGUUAGCAAGCCAUGCUCCUUGCUUUAAAAAAAAAGGGGGGGGGGGAGGUCAAGCCAGCCCCUGAUCCCCACCCCUAGGGGCACUACCUGUCUUACACACUUAAAAAUCAAUAGAGAAAUCCUAUGUCCACAGUCGCUGUGCAAAUAAAAGAUAGAACAGGCAGCGCGGAAUCUGUGACCCAAGCCCUGUCUUUGGGUCCCCAUGAAGUUUUUCCUCGCUGUUAUUUAUUUCAGAUGUGUUCGGCUAUUCCCGCAGCUCAGCCUCUUAAAUCAUUGCUCGCUGAGCAAUGUAAAGAUGGGAGCGGUUGGUUUGACAGGCAACGGAUCUUAUUGGUUGAGCCCAAUGUCCAUUUGAUGUCCACUUGGCCGUCACGUAACCUGCCCUGGAGGCCUGCGGACAAAGGGCAAGCUAUAAGGGAGCUCUUGUUUUCCCCCCCCGUUCAGGUUACAAGAUGAAAAAGCGCGUGGGGGCCAUAGAAGAGUUUGAGUUCCUGCCCUUAACGGAAGGGAGGCAGCUCCACCUCACCAUAGCUAUCACCGGCUGGCUCACGACUGGCAAAUACGGUAAGGAAGAGGCAAGCAAAAGGGGAGCGCUGCAGCAAAAAGGUUGCAGCAUGCGGUGGGGCCGCCUGGUCCAGCAUUCCUGGCAUUCAGCCAUGCCUUCUUUCAGCAUAUUCAUUUCCCCAUUGGCUUUCUUGGUUACCACCACCACUGUAACAAAUCAACAUUCUGCGGCUUACUGAGCAUGCUCAGUCCCCGUCAGGCUGCUUUGGUGCCUCCCCCUGGUCCACACAUACACAUUUUUCCCUCCUAAAAAUAUUUGUACUUUUGUGAACACUGGGAUCUACCCAAACCUUCUGGCGCCUGCCUCCCUCUCAACCACUUGGGAGAUUCUGCAACGGCCUGAAUCUCAGAAAUCGAGGGUGUCCCCAACACCACCGGCAACGUUUGGGGAGAUUCCAUGGCAUCACAGCAGCACGGCCAAUAGCAGGGCAGAAGCCUGGCAGGGGGCAGAAUUGUGGGUGAGAUUGGCACAGUAGCAAUGGCAGAUUUUAAGUUUUCCUGGGUGCACAGAUGGGAUUGUUUUCAUUUGGAAACACAUGCGGCCCCCGAAUCUUACAUUCUGAUCCCUACACACUCUCCCCUGGGGUAGAUUCUUGUCUUAACAAAUGUUCCUGUCUCUGCUGCUUGUGUGGAAUCUUUCCUAUUUAAGUCUCGCAAGGACGCUGUUCUCAUUAAACCUGUUUGCUCUAUAAAACAAAGACUUUUUUUUUUUUUUACAGUCUAUUUCCAUUUGCCUUUCACACCACUUUAUUUUCUGAAUAACAAGCGGCGUCCCAUGAGCCUUGGGGAGAAGCUGCUGGGUGAAAGGGUGAAGGUGUUAACGUGCUCUUGCAGAGGUUUCGAAGUUUAGCAGAGGAGCCCAGCACCACUUUACAGCUCAGUGUUGCUAGCCCUUUGCCUUGAAGGAAUCUGCUCCCAGCACUAAUAUGCACAGCGCAGGCAUGAUCUUUCAAGACCUGGUUCAGUAAAGGUAAAGGGACCCCUGGGUUGAACCACAGAGCCUAGGACUUGCUGAUCAGAAGGUCAGCGGUUCGAAUCCCCGCAAUGGGGUGAGCUCCUGUUGCUCGGUCCCUGCUCCUGCCAACCUAGCAGUUUGAAAGCACAUCAAAGUGCAAGUAGAUAAAUAGGUACCACUCCGGCGGGAAGGUAAACGGCGUUUCCGUUGGCUGCUCUGUUUCACCAGAAGUGGCUUAGUCCUGCUGGCCACAUGACCCGGAAGCUGUACGCCGGCUCCCUCGGCCAAUAAAGCAAGAAGAGUGCCGCAACCCCAGAGCCGUCCACGACUGGACCUAAUGGUCAGGGGUCCCUUUACCUUUACCUUUACCUAAGCUGCUCUGGGAGCUUUUGGGACUGAAGAGCAUGGCACUGAAACUCUAAAUAAAUAAAUAGAUAAAAUUUUAUCCACGACCAUGACAAUGCAAAGCCUGUUUGCAUCGGAGGGUGGCUGAAUCUUCCAAUUUUGCUUCCUCCCCGUUUCUUACCUUUCUGGUCUUUGAUUUCAGCACAUCCCACUCCUGUGUCAGUUUGCAUUUAUUAAAGAGCACCAAAAUCUGCCUACAUUUUGGGGAACAGUCUUCUUUAAGACACACUUUCUGCCUAAUAUGUUCAUAUUUGCAGGCCGGUCCCCCCCCCAUAAUAUAAUGCAUUAUGUAUGCUCCCCCAAUUCCUAUUUCUGUGUGCAUGUUUCCCUAAUAACACUUCUUUCUGUGUAUACACAAUAUUUGUUAAAGAGCUGCAUUGCAAAAUUCAGGAGAGCAUGACAUUUGAAAGGCGUUUUUCAACCUGCUUACUGCUUCAGGAAGUUUAUAUUAUGCAUGGAUUCUGCACCUCCCCCUUCCCAUCUGUGUCUUAUUAAUUCUUUGCGUCUGCAACUUUUUCUUCCUACUUUUAGGGAGUUUCACGGCUCCCUGGAGCAGCCUGCUGCAGUCCAAAGAACAGUAUUGCUUAGCCUGGGAGAGCAAGUACCUGAUGGAGCUGGGCAACACGCUUGACACUUUGCUGAAUGGAUUAGUCAACGUCGUGGCUCAGGAAGCGUUGAAAUUCACUGUCUUAUCAGGCAAGUGGUUGGUGGUCAUCCACUCUGGGCGGUUAUUUUCCCACGACUAUUCUAUGUUCCUCCUUCCGCCUGUUACUUCAGUUUGAAGCCCUCUCGCUCGAUUAUCCCAUGACUCUUGGCUAGCCAGAUAUACUUAACGUUUCUUUUUUUAAAAAAGGAAAUCAAGUUCCUAGUCAUUAUUAUUAUUAUUAUUAUUAAAAUUUGUACACUGUCCCAUACCUGUAUAGAGUGGCUGGGAAACCCAGCCAGAUGGGCGGGGUAUAAAUAAUAAACUAUUAUUAUUAUUAUUAUUAUUAUAAUUAUUAAUCUCAGGGCAGUUCACAACAUAAAAUUACAGUAUCAAAACCCACCACAAAAUACGUAAUAAAAUUAAAAACAAAGACAACCCAAUAAUCCCCAACAAAUAUAAAAGAAGAAAGUCACAGGACUGUAUCUGUUUUAUUUUCUUCCUUUCAAAAGGUUUAUAUGCCGCUUGGUUGUAAUAAAACCUCAAUGCAGUUUAGAAGUAGAAUCGGUGCCGAUGCUGCCCUCACCAGGGACAGCAGACUCUGGCAAAAAUCCUAUUAGAUUUGUAUGUAGCUUUCUGAUUUCCAGCUGUCCUGUUUCCUCUCCCCUGCCCCACCCCCCAGGCAUUGUCACGGCGCUCGCAUUACCCGCCUCCCUGCUCACGGUGGCCAGCGUGAUUGAUAACCCCUGGGGAGUGUGCCUGCACCGCUCGUCUGAGGUCGGCAAACACCUGGCUCGAAUCCUGCUCAGCCGGCACCAGGUAGGAAGGUGGCUUGACGGUCACAACCCACAUGCAAGUGUGUCUGAGCUGGGAAAAAUCUUUGUGGGAUCUCUGUAGUAGAGGGGGUCCUGGCUCAGUUGGCAGAGCAGUGAGGUGUAGCAGUUAGAGCAUUGGAACUUCCAGUACCUGGGAGACCAGGGUUCAGAUCCCCACUCGCCCAUGAAGCUCACUGGGUGACUUUUCUAGCCUAACCUACCUCACAGGGUUGUUGUGGAGACUGAAUGGAAGAAGGGGAGAGAAUCAUUUAAGCCACCUUGAGCUCCUUGGAAGGAGAGGUGGAAUAGGGACACAAUAAAUACAGUGGUACCUCGGGUUACAGACACUUCAGGUUACAGAUUCUUCAGGUUAUAGACUCCGCUAACCCAGAACUAGUACCUCGGGUUAAGAACUUUGCUUCAGGAUGAGAACAGAAAUCGUGCAGCGGCGGCACGGCAGCAGCGGGAGGCCCCAUUAGCUAAAGUAGUACCUCAGGUUAAGAACAGUUUCAGGUUAAGAACGGACCUCCAGAAUGAAUUUAGUUCUUAACCCAAGGUACCACUGUAAGUAAAUUUGCUUAUCCGUAGGAUCACCUUGCCAACAAAGGGCCGUAUAGUUAAAGCUAUGGUUUUCCCAGUAGUGAUGUAUGGAAGUGAGAGCUGGACCAUAAAGAAGGCUCAUCGCUGAAGAAUUGAUGCUUUUGAAUUAUGGUGCUGGAGGAGACUCUUGAGAGUCCCAUGGACUGCAGGAAGAUCAAACCGAUCCAUUCUGAAGGACAACAGCCCUGAGUGCUCACUGAAAGGACAGAUCGUGAGCUGAGGCUCUAAUACUUUAGCCACCUCAUGAGAAGAGAAGACUCCCUGGAAAAGACCCUGAUGGGAAAGAUGGAGGGCACAAGGAGAAGGGGACGACAGAGGACGAGAUGGUUGGACAGUGUUCUCGAAGCUACCAGCAUGAGUUUGACCAAGCUGCGGGAGGCAGUGGAAGACAGGAGUGCCUGGUGUGCUCUGGUCCAUGGGGUCACGAAGAGUCGGACACGACUAAAAAACAACAAUAGAAAUAAGGGCCCGGGUCCAGUCCACAGCAAUCCGCCACUUAAAGGAUCAUGUAGAAAGAAUCAUGGGGAAAACAUUUAUCGUGGUGAUAGUGUUAGUCCUACGCAGAAUAGACCCACUGAAAUUAAUGGGCAUGACUAACUUAGGCCCAUCAAUUUCAAUUUAUUUACUGCAUUUGUAGCUCAUCCUUUUUUCUCUCCAACGAGCUCAAGUCGGCAUGCACGGUUCUCCACCAACCCAUAAAUCAUCACAACAACCUUGUGAGGUAGGUUAUUCUGAGAGGGGCAGUGACCACCCUAAGGUGAUGGCUGAGUGAGGAAUUAUGACUCUUAACAUCUGUAUGGUAGGCUACAUUUCAGCCACUACGGAAUCGUAGAAUUGUCAAGUUGGAAGGCACCCAACAGUCAUCUGGUCUAACCCACCGCAAAUCGUUGCUGCUAAUGAAUUUCUUCCCAGAUGAGCUCAGGGUGGCAAAUACAUCACUAAAACAAAAAGACAGUUUAAACACAGUCUCUCUGUCGCGUCGAUCAUGCCAAAGGCCCCUGCGUGUAGGCAAGCAUCACCAAAUUUCUAGGACAUGAUUCAGCUAGGCAAAACCUUUCUUUCUUUUUCACUGUCAAGUGGUAAUCAUCUUUACUGCUUUUUCGAGGCAGGGAGCUUGAGGUUUUAAGCUUGUUUGGGUUCUGUCAUUCUGUUCCUUCCCCUUCCAGGGCAAGCGGCCGGUUACCUUGAUCGGUUUCAGUCUUGGCGCCAGGGUCAUCUACUUCUGCCUCCAGGAAAUGGCCAAGGAGGAAGGUGCGUGCUGGAGGGGGUUGGGGAGUCAGGCCGUAAGACAGCUGAGACAGUGUUUGUUCUUCAUCAGCAGUGUAGUGGUCUGUGGUUGCGGGUGUGUGUCUCAAAGACACCUUGUAGCAGGGUCUCCACUUCCAGCAUCCCAGGGCCGACCAAUCAGCAUGAAAGGGGAGCUUUUGAGUCACCCUUUGUGCCAACAGGGGCCAAUCGGAAUGGAAGGAGGCGGCUCCAAAACCGGCCAUUUAGGCCAAACUUGGGUCUCCAGCCGUUUUUGCACUACAAUUCCCAUCUUCCUUGACCACUGGUCCUGCUAGCUAGGGAUGAUGGGAGCUGUAGCCCCAACAACAGCCAGAGACCCAAUUUGUGCCCCUGAAGGACCAGAUGCGCAGCCUGGGAGUCAUUUUAGACUCACAGCUGUCCAUGGAGGCGCAGGUUAAUUCUGUGUCCAGGGCGGCUGUCUACCAGCUCCAUCUGGUACACAGGAUGAGACCCUACCUGCCCGUGGACUGUCUCACCAGUGUGGUGCAUGCUCUCGUUAUCUGCCGCUUGUACUUCAAUGCGCUCUACGUGGGGCUACCUUUGAAGGUGACCCGGAAACUGCAAUUAAUCCAGAAUGUGGCAGCUAGACUGGUGACUGGGAGUGGCCACCGGGACCACAUAACACCGGUCCUGAGAGAUCUGCAUUGACUCCCAGUACGUUUCUGAGCACAAUUCAAAGUGUUGGUGCUGACCUUGAAAGCCCUAAACGGCCUCAGUCCUGUAUACCUGAAGGAGCAUCUCCACCCCCAUUGUUCUGCCCGGACACUGAGAUCUAGCACCGAAGGCCUUCUGGUGGUUCCCUCAUUGCGAGAAGUGAGGUUACAGGGAGCCAGACAGAGGGCCUUCUCGGUAGUGGCGCCCGCCCUGUGGAACGCCCUCCCAUCAGAUGUCAAGGAAAUAAGCAGCUAUCCUAUUUUUAAGAGACAUCUAAAGGCAGCCCCGUUUAGGGAAAUUUUUAACAUUUAAUGCUGUAUUGUUUUUAACACUCGAUUGGGGGCCGCCCAGAGUGGCUGGGGAAACUCAGCCAGAUGGUCGGGGUAUAAAUAAUAAAUUAUUAUAUUAUUAUUAUAAUUUUCAGAACCUUAGGCACACUGAAAGCACAAGGAGCUUCCUGCAUUGCAGUGGGUUGGGCCAGAUGACCUUGGGGGAUCCCUUUCAACUCUGUUUCGAGAGAAUGGGGCGCAAGUUCUGCUAGGUACAAGGAGACCUCCAGGGAAAACACAACUUGGCUCACUCCAAAGGAAUUGACACGCGUAGAAAAUAGAUCCAGGUGAAAGGCGACGUGCGGAGAUCUUGGGUUGCAAUGCACCCUAAUUUUUAUUAUUGUGUAAUUAUAAGAUUAUGAGACGCUGGUGGUGCUGUGGGGUAAAACAGAGCCUAGGAAUUUGCCGAUCAGAAGGUCGGCAGGUUCAAAUCCCCGCUACGGGGUGAGCUCCUGUUGCUCGGUCCCUGCUCCUGCCAACCUAGCAGUUCGAAAGCACGUCAAAGUGCAAGUAGAUAAAUAGGUACCCCUCCAGUGGGAAGGUAAACGGCAUUUCCAUGCGUUGCUCUGGUUCGCCAGAAGUGGCUUAGUCAUGCUGGCCACAUGACCCGGAAGCUGUACGCCGGCUCCCUCGGCCAAUAAAGCGAGAUGAGCGCCACAACCCCAGAGUCUGUCACGACUGGACCUAAUGGUCAGGGGUCCCCUUACCUUUAAUUAUAAGAUUAUCACAUAAUCUUAGAAGAGGGCCUGGCUUACCAUAAAGGGACCCUGCACAUCUCAAUUGGCCAGGGUCAAUUCAGGGACCUGGCGAAAGGUGUAUGUAGGUUACAGAUGCACUCCUGAAAGAGCCUGGUUUUGCUGCAGGCCUGGGCAGGUGGCAAACUCUGUCAAAGACAAAAGGCACUUGUUUGCAUAUAGAAAGUCCUGGGCUCAAUCCCAGCAUCAUCUCCUGUUGGGCUAGGAAUGCGGCAUUGCUGCCAGUCAGUGCAGGCAGUAUUGAGCUAUCCAAACCCAAGAGUACGGUUCAUUAUAAGGCAGCUUCUGGUUCUGAUAUGCAACGAGAGGGAGUUGCAAAAGGCAGGGGCCACACCCUAAAGGCCUAGGUAAAGGUAAAGGGACUCCUGACCAUUAGGUCCAGUCGUGAUCAACUCUGGGGUUGUGGCGCUCAUCUCGCUUUAUUGGCCAAGGGAGCCGGCGUACAGCUUGUGGCCAGCAUGUGGCCAGCAUGACUGGCCUUCCCAGUCGUUUACCUUCCCACCGGAGGGGUACCUAUUUAUCUACUGGCACUUUGACGUGCUUUUGAACUGCUAGGUGGCCAGGAGCAGGGACCGAGCAACGGGAGCUCACCCCGUCGCGGGGAUUCGAACCGCUGACCUUCCGAUCGGCAAGUCCUAGGCUCUGUGGUUUAACCCACAGUGCCACCCGCGUCCCUAAAGGCCUAUACAUCAUAAAGAAAGCAUCUGCAGGAGGCCCUGUCCUGCCCAGUGCACUUUACUGGCCAGGUACAUAACAGACCAGACAACGUUUUACACAAAGCUAGCGCCGUCCUCCUCGAAGUGCCGUGGCAUCAGGAUUCCUGGGAUCGCCUCCAAGCCUCCCACAGAGGCUCUUUCGUCACGACAGCAUCCGUUACUAAAAGUCUGCCCGAGCCGUCUCCACAUCCUCGCACGCCAUCCUGUUUUCUUCCUCCUUUUCCUUAAAAGUCGCCGUUCUCGGCUGCCGUUGCCCACCCCCACGCCCGACAGUUCUCCUAUUUAACUUGGAAGACAAUCUGCCAACUGCUAACACGAGCCGUGACCUCCUGUAUUAAUAGCUCGGUGACAAUGAGGAAUCGAAUGGUCACGAUCGCUCGCCGACGUGUGUGUGUCCCCCCCCUCCCCGUCUUCCUUGCCACAGACGGUUAUGCUGGACGAUUUGUACCAAUUAAUAUAACGAGAUGCAUCCUCACCGAAAAGGGAGGGACCCUAUCCCAUAUUCCCGGGUGCUGCGUUGAAAUUGCUGCGUGGUAAUACACAGCCCUCAACGCCCGCUCCUUGUCUUUGCUUCUUCCUGCCACCCCCGGCCUCAUCUCUCAGCCCCAAGGACAUAUCAGGAUCAGGCCAAUGUCCCCAUUAGUCCAUCCUGUUCUCACAGUGGCCGACUAGAUGCCAGUGGGGAAAUCUGCAAGCAGCGCCUGAGCACAAGAGCUCUCUCCCCUCCUUGCAGCACAUUCACUUUGGAACUCCCUAGAAGAGGAAACAAACUUGUUUUCUCUUGCUCUGGAGGGGAGGACUGGAACCAAGUCGGCAUCAAGUCACAAGAAAGGAAAUUCUGACUAAACAUCAGGAAGAACUUUCUGACAGUAAGAGCUGUUUUGACAGUGGAACAGACUCCCACAAGAGGUGGUGGACUCUCCUUCCUUGGAGGUUUAUAAGCAGAAGCUGGAUGGCCAUUUGUCUUGGAUGCUUUAGCUGAGAUUCCUGCAUUUGGAGGGGGUUGGACUAGAUGGCCCUUGGUGGUCCCUCCCAACUCUACACUUCUAUGAUUCUGUGCCUCUUGGCACCAGGAAGGUGACUUGACUGCACUCUUUUCAGCACCUCUUAAGGACAUUCUCUAAGGACUCAUUGAUGGCCACCAAGAUAGAUGGCUUUAGAAAAGGAUUGGAUGAAUUAAUGGAAGAGAGGGCUAUUGAUGGCAAAUAGCCAUGAUGACUCUGCUCUGCCUUUGUAAUAAUAGUAAUAAUAAUAAUAAUAAUAAUAAUAAUAAUAAUAAUAAUAAUAAUUUAUUAUUUAUACCCCGCCCAUCUGGCUGGGUUUCCCCAGCCACUCUGGGCGGCUUCCAACAAAGACCAAAAAUACACGAAAAUUUCAUACAUUAAAAACUUCCCUGAACAGGGCUGCCUUCAGAUGUCUUCUGAAUGUCAGGUAUUUGUUUAUCUCUUUGACAUCUGAUGGGAGGGCGUUCCACAGGGCAGGUGCCAGCACCGAGAAGGCCUGGUUCGCUGUAGCUUUGCUUCUCGCAAUGAGGGAACCGCCAGAAGGCCUUCAGCUUUGCUUCCAAAUGCCACAGGAGGGGAGAGGGCUCUUGUGCUCGGAUCCUGUUGCGGGUGUCCCUUUGGGGCACCUUGUCGGCCGCUGCAAGAUCAGGACGGGCACUUAGUGUGAUCCAACAGGCUCUCCUUACGUUUUUAAGUUCUUAAAAAAGCCUUGGGUGCAGACAGGCUAGACCCAAACCACAAGAGCUUUAAUAAGGAAAAAGAGCAAUUGCAUUCAGCCCAACAGCAAACCCAAGAACCAGUGCAUUUGCCAAGGCACCACUGUGACGAGUUCCCUGGUUGUGAGCUAGCUGUGAUUUUCCCAAGCCGUCUCCAAAGGCAGCCCCACAAGCACUGUGCCACAGUAGUCUAGCCCAGUGGCACAUCUGUGCACAGCCCUCUUUCCCUUCUGCUCUUUUCGACCGUGCAGUCUUAAGACUGGGUGGCUGUGCAGGGGCCGAAAGAUGAGAUGGGGAGGAGGGAGGAGGAGGAUGUUGCCAGGCAACUCUGGCGACUGUUGAUUUCCUGUUGCUCCUUCAGUGUGCUAGGCAGUGGCUGUGUGUUGUGGGUGGGUGGGUGAAGUUCCAUGCAGAAUGCACCCCAUUCAGCCUGGAGCUUUCCUCCCCCCAGCCCCAACCCCACUACCACCCACUGUCCAGUCUUAAACAGGGGGUGGUUUUAAGGUCAGAAGCCCCAAGCUGCAAAUAACGAUGAUCACAUUACCUGACUAUGAUGCUCACUCAGAAUCCGUCCUCCCCUCAUCUGAACUUCUUCUGCAAAAGAACCCUGCUGCUGUUCAAAUUAAGAUGAGUCAAAUCAGGGUUAUGAAUUCCUUUUGGGCAGCAGAAAUUGCUCCCCCCCCGCCGCUGCCGCCAACUCCUUUUUCUUCUGGCGUGCACUUAGAAUAAGUCUCAUAAUCUCCCCAAAUUGGAUCAUUCAGAAUGACAAAUUGGAAGUGUCUUAUCUUUUUUGUUUCCUCUUUACUCUCCCCCUCCCCUUCCACCCUCCCACAAAAAAAAAAAGACCCUUCUAGGAAAAAAUCCAAGAAUCAGAACACAGAUUGUAAAUUGAGUUGCUCCUGAGAGCUGCCUGCAGCCGCUUUGAUAUUUAUUUGCAAUCUUUUUUAUAUAAAAAAAAUUGUCUUCCCCGUUGCUUGAGUACUGGUUGUACUCUGGGUGUUGGGGGAAAAAUAAGUAAAUCUCAAAGGUUCCAUCUAUGUAAGUCCUGCUGGGAGUAAGCAUAUUGAAGGAAAUGGACCUAACUUAGUCAUGUCCAUUGGUUUUGAUGGGUCUCCUCUGAGUAGGCCUAGCAUUGGGUACAAGCAUGUAUUAUAGAAUUGUAGAGUUGGAAGGGGGCCCCCAACGGUCAUCUAGUCCAACCUCCUGCUAUGCAUGGAGGGACAGACAAUUAAAGUUGCUUAGCCCAUUGAAUUCAGUGGCCCCUGCUCCCGAGGAGACACUCAGACGCUCGCACUUGGGAAUGUAAGAAGCUGCCUUAUCCUGAAUUGUACCACUAUUUAUUGCAAUGCCCGCUAUAUAUAGAACCAAGAGACCGAUUUAUAAAACCCCCUGCUCACGAAUGGAACACACUCGAACAGGGUGGAAAGGGUGAAAUGGCUGCUGAGUGAUAGUGAUGACUUUGUAACUUAUAAAGUAGCACUAUAUGCGUUGGCAGCUAAGAAGAUCAGGAGAAAAGAACUAGAUAAAAUAGCGGUCAAUUGCAAAGGUGAUUCGGACAUUUAAGCUAGCACUUUCUACCUGAGAACCCCUUGCUAUUAUAUCGUAUGCAACAAAUAAUUUUUAGGAGAUGUGAUCGUGGUUUAUUGUAUCUGCGGUGCCUGAUGUUUUUAUGGUUAUUGUUGUUGUUUUUUUUGUUCCCGUUGUGAAUGAUGCCAUGGCCUUUGGCUAGUGCAAUAAAGUUGAUGAUGAUGAUGAUGAUGAUGAUGGUGAAUCAGGCCUUUGGCCUAUCUAGCUCAGUAUUGUCUGCACUGACUGGCAGCGGCUCUCCCUUGUUUCAGGCAGGGGGAUCUUUCCCAGCCCUACCUGGAGAUGCCAGGGAUUUGAACCUGGAGCCUCCUGCAUUCAAAGCAGGUGCUCUGCCCACUGAGCUGAGGUCUAUCUUCAAAAGAGAGGAAAAGAAUCUAGUCCUCAUGGUUCUGAAUGAAGGCCAAACCUCAAAUAGAAGCAUAGGAAACUGUGUUAUAUUAAGCCAGGCUAUGGGUCCGUCCAGCUCAGUAUUGUCAACACGGGUUGGCAGCAUCAGCUCCCUGGGGUUUCAGGUAGGGGACGUUCCUAGCCUGGAACUGUAAUUUGUUGAGAAUUGUUAGGGCACUGCUAUUCCCCUCCCAGGGAUGCGGGUGGCUCUGUGGGUUAAACCACAGAGCCUAGGACUUGCCAAUCAGAAGGUCGGCGGUUCAAAUCCCCACGACGGGGUGAGCUCCCGUUGCUCAGUCUCUGCUCCUGCCAACCUAGCAGUUUGAAAGCAUGUCAAAGUGCAAGUAGAUAAAUGGGUACCGCUCUGGCGGGAAGGUAAAAGGCAUUUCCGUGCGCUGCUCUGGUUCGCCAGAAGCGGCUUAGUCAUGCUGGCCACAGCUGUACGCUGGCACCCUCAGUCAAUAAAGCGAGAUGAGCGCCGCAACCCCAGAGUCAGCCACGACUGGACCUAAUGGUCAGGGGCCCCUUUACCUUUAUUCCCCUCCCAGAGCUACAAUUCCCAGAGUGGCUAACUGUCCAUCCCUCUUCCCAGGGAACAUUGGGAACUGUAGCUCUGGGAUGGGAAUGUAAAGGGAGGCGGUCUCCUACCAACUCCCAGCACCCAUAACCAACUAUAGCUCCCAGGAAUCUUUGGGCAUGGUUGUUGAAAGCAGCAGAAUAGAGCUUGAAAUAUAAGGUGUAAAUGUGCCCUUCAUUGGAGACAACCUUCAGUGUCCAUCUUGCUUGUGCGUUUCUUGCAUUUAUAUCCCACCCUCUUCCUCCAAGGAGCUCCAAUUGGUGCUCAUGGUUCUCCCCCUCCUCAUUUAAUCCCCACAAGGUUUAAAUGACCCUGUAAGGUAGGUUAGAUGGGAAGCCGUGACUGGCCUAACAUCACCCAGUGAGAGCUUCACGGCCUAGUGGGCAUUCAAACCCUGGUCUCUCCCAGGUCCUAGUCCGACACUCUAACCAACAGGCCACACUGGCUCUUGCUAGAAUCUGGAUAAGACUAGGCGUGCAUAGAAUCUGGAUCCCUCUUUGAGACUGCAUCCUUAUGCAUGGUUACGUGGCAGUGAGUCCCUGUGAAUUAAGUGCAGCUUUCUUCUGAGUAAACACACGCUGUUGCGUUUCGUGGCGCCAGAUUCCCCAAGCUGCAUUUCGAAAGCGGCGACCAGCCAUUCCCAAGCCGCCGCCACGGCUCUAGAGCAUCGUCCUCCAAGGCCGUCUCACUGAUCCUUGAUCCUUUUCGGGGUGGGUGGGCUCCCUCUCUUCUCAGACUGCAGAGGCAUCGUCGAAGACGUGGUCCUCCUAGGGGCACCAGUGGAAGGGGAAGCCAAAUACUGGAAGCAAAUUGCCAAGGUUGUUUCGGGAAGGAUCAUCAACGGCUACUGCAGGUCUGUAGGCCCUAAAAAUAGGGUGGCCGGGCUAGUUUUCUGUAAGCAUUUGGAAAAUUUAGUGUGUGGUUUUGAUGGUCUCUUGAAAAAGAUUGCUGGGUCUGAUGUCUUUGCCUUGAUAUUCUUCCUGGGAGGCGAGGUGUGUUUGUGUGUGUGAAGGAAGGAAGGAGAGUUAGGCACUGAAGAGGGGCCAUCCCUGCAUUAAUUGAAGCCAGAGUUGUCAUGGUGGGAGUUAGGGGCAGUAAAGGCAAGUGACGGUCUAGUUCAGGGGUGUGAUACCUGGCAACCUCUAGCUGUUGCUGGACCCAAGCUUCUAUCAGCUAUUCAGAUGGCAUGGCUAAUGGCCAAGGAGAGAUGGAUGUUGUUAAUCAUCAACAUCUGCAGCUCCCCAGGUUUCCCAUCCCUGAAUUAGACCGUCACUUGCCUUCACUUGCAGAGCUGGCCCGCAAGGCUUUUCUCAGCUGUCCAGCCAGCCAAGGAGGGAUGGGAGCUGUGGUCCAGCAUCAUUCAAAGAAGGUAGAGUUGUGAUGGCGGGAGCUAGGGGCCGCUCACUGGAAGGACAGAUCCUGAAGCUGAGGCUCCAAUACUUUGGCCGCCUCAUGAGAAGAGAAGACUCCCUGGAAAAGACCCUGAUGUUGGGAAAGAUGGAGGGCACAAGGAGAAGGGGAUGACAGAGGGCAGGAUGGUUGGACAGUGUUCUCAAAGCUACAAACAUGAGUUUGACCAAGCUGCGGGAGGUAGUGGAAGACAGGAGUGCCUGGCGUGCUCUGGUCCAUGGGGUCACGAAGAGUCGGACACGACUAAACGGUUAAACAAAGGGGCAGUGAAGGCAAGUGAUGGUCUAGUUCAGGGAUGGGGAACCUGUGGCGCUCUAGGUGCAGCUGGACUUCCAUCAGCCCCAGCCAACAUGGGCAAUGCUCCAGGAUGAUGGGGCUGCAGUACCUGGAGAGUCAUGGGAACCCGAUCCCUGGGUUUGGUGGCCCACCCGGUUAUAUGCUUCAGUCGGUUUAAUGAUAUGGCUGUUCAGUAGUAUUGGUUCCUUUUUCUCCUCCCAGGGGAGACUGGCUGCUGAGAUAUGUCUACCGGACAUCCUCUGUUCAACUCAACGUCGCUGGACUUCAGCCGGUUAACCUGGACGACAGGAGAAUGGUGAAUGUGGAUCUCUCGUCGAUCGUAAGUAGCGCUUUCCAGACCUGCAGGCAGUAAACGUCAGUGACGGCUGCUGAAUUCUCCCAAGCCAGAGGGCUGUGUUUUGAGACCUUUCUGGUUCCUGGACCCAGCUAGUGUUAAAAUAUAAGCAAGGGUUCAGUUCCUGAACUAGCCAGUAAAGUAACAAAGGAAGUGGCUCCGUGCCUGAUGGCAAAUGGGAGCCCUGUGUUCCCUCAGCUCAUCGCUAGAUAGAAAGACAAAGGCCAGAAGUUGAGAGUUGAGUUGCGUGAGCUUGAAGCUGGAAGUUGGCAGGCUGGGCAGCUGGGAGACAGAGCCAUGCCUGAUUUCUGUUGGAAUCUGCGGCUGCGACUAUGGGGGAAGCAAGGCCCUCUUGGGGUGUUAAUGCUGCGAACCCCUCCAUUGUAGGCUCAGGUUCUGUAUAUGUGUAAAUAAAGCAUGUGUCCUAAACAGUCUCCGCUGUGCCUCAUUCCAAAGGAAACUGAACCCUGAGUAAGUGGUCGGAACCGCUGGAAUCUCGCACCUCUCAGAGAUUGGGGUGGUAUGCAACAAUAUUUUGUUUGAUCGCUUGCUCUGCACCCCAGGGCGAGUCCCAGCAAUUUAAAAUGCAAGUUUUAAAAACAGAUCAAAACAAUACACAAUUGCAAGAAUAGGAUGGGUUCUGAAAACAUACCUCUGUGUCAGAGGCCAGGAUAAAGAGGUGCAUCUUGAGCAUAUGACAAAAACUGCAUAGUGAAGCUGCCAGAGGCAUCUCUGCGGACUCAGGGAUUCAGCCCUCCUCUCCCUCAGCUGUCACUGGGGAGCAGCCGUUCCGUCCCACUGGCUCCGUGGGAAAGACAGAAAGCAGAAGGCUCUCUGCAUCAGCUCUGCUGUGACAGACUGGCUCCCCCAACAGGCAUCACCUCCCACUGAACUGUGCCAGCUGCUCAUUAGAAGAACAACCAAAUAAGAGUUGGUGGCCUGUUUGAUUUCUCCUCCCUGUCCCAUUUUCCUUUUGUGUCGUGUCCUAUAGUUUGUAAGCCUACUGGCUUGCACUUUCUGAUUGUACAUGAGCCACACUGGGAGCCACCUGAGCCGAAGAGCUGGGCGCAGAUGCUCCAAAUAAAAUAUAAUAAGCUCAGGGGUUGCCACAGAAAAUGCUCUCUCCCGGGCCGUCACAGCUACCAGGUUCUGAGGAACUGCCAAGAGGGGCUGGGGGCCCCCCUCUCUGCUAAUCUCAGUGUUUGAGAGGGUUGCGACUCUUACUAGCUGGGUAUGAGCAAGGGAGAAAAUUGAUUUGGCAAGCCUGCUUCAUCCACGCCUCCGGAAACGAUCUGCAGAUUGAAACGUAGCGAUGCUUUAUGCCCCUCCAUACAUUUCGAGCACAUUUAAAUCACAUGGCUUCCCUCCCCCAUCCCCAAGAAUCCUAGGAACCGUACUCUGUUCAAGGUGCUGGGAGGAUGGAUGGCAGCUAACAGAUUGAGAUUGAAUCCUGACAAGACAGAAGUACUGUUUUUGGGGGACAGGGGGUGGGCGGGUGUGGGGGAUUCCCUGGUCCUGAAUGGGGUAACUGUGCCCCUGAAGCACCAGGUGCGCAGCCUGGGAGUCAUUUUGGACUCACAAUUCUCCAUGGAGGUGCAGGUCAAUUCUGUGUCCAGGGCAGCCGUUUUAUCAGCUCCAUCUGGUAAGCAGGCUGAGACCCUACCUGCCCAUGGACUGUCUCGCCAGAGUGGUGCAUGCUCUAGUUAUCUCUCGCUUGGACUACUGCAAUGCGCUCUAUGUGGGGCUACCUUUGAAGGUGACUCGGAAACUACAACUAAUCCAGAAUGCGGCAGCUAGACUGGUAACUGGGAGUGGCUGCCGGGACCACAUAACACCAGUCCUGAGAGAUCUGCAUUGGCUCCCAGUAUGUUUCCGAGCACGAUUCAAAGUGCUGGUGACUGGGAGCGGCCACCAAGACCAUAUAACACCGGUCUUGAAAGACCUACACUGGCUCCCAGUACGUUUCCAAGCACAAUUCAAAGUGGUGGUGUUGACCUUGAAAGCCCUAAACAGCCUCGGUCCAGUAUACCUGAAGGAGCGUCUCCACCCCCAUCGUCCAGCCCGGACACUGAGGUCCAGCGCCAAGGACCUUCUGGCGGUUCCCUCCCUGCGAGAAGCAAAGCUACAGGGGACUAGGAAGAGGGCCUUCUCGGUAGUGGCACCGCCCUGUGGGACGCCCUCCCACCAGAUGUCAGAGAAAAGAACAACUACCAGACUUUUAGAAGACAUCUGAAGGCAGCCCUGUUUAGGGAAGCUUUUAAUGUUUUAUAGGUUGUUGUAUUUUAGUGUUUUGUUGGAAGCCGCCCAGAGUGGCUGGGGGGACCCAGCCAGAUGGGCGGGGUAUAAAUAAUACAUUAUUAUUAUUAUUAUUAUUAUUAUUAUUAUUAUUAUUAUUAUUGUAGCACCAUGAAGGGUGGACUGUGGUACCCAGGAUUCUUUUGGGAAAAGUGAUGUGCUUUCAGUGGAUGUGUAGAUGUGACCCACGACUGAAUAUUUUGGACCGCUUACUCGUGCAGAGAUGCAGCCGUGACUCUGCAUGAUUAGCUGUUCUGGGCCUGCCUCCUUCCAGGCCUACAUAAUGCAGAAAGACAGAAAGAGAGGUCUUACAGCCGCCACCCCAGUACCACAAGAGUAAUGCUGCCCUCCUCUCACCCUUAGAUUCUUCUCCUCUUUGAUCCCUCUGCCUGAUUUUUAAUUUCUGUCUCCUUAGCAACCAAACGGGGUUAAAGAGGAGAACAGGGCCGCCCUUCCUACCUUCCACUUCUCAAAAUCCCCACCAACAUCUGGAGUCUCCUUCCAUUAAGCCCUCAACAGCCCCUUUUAAUUAAAAGUUCUAACCUCUCCAAAACCGGGAAGAGAAAAAGACCGGUUGAGCCAUAUGGCUGCAGAUUGCCUCGUAAAAAAUGUGGAUUAAAAAUACGACAGCGGGCUGUUCGUGCCAAGUUCUAAGUGGCUUCAAAUGUCAAAGUGUUCCUGACAAAACCUCAGCGGCGUAGGCAGAUAGGUCCGUUGUCAGAGGCUAUUAGACACUGUAGCCUCCAUUUCCAUGAACAGUAGACCUUCAAAUAGUAGGCAGGGCUGAUAAUGGAGACAAUGGGAGUCUCCUCCAUCCUUUCUACUCCUGUGCACCUGAUCCUCUGCACUAAAGCUUUGUUCCUAACUGGUGGCGUUGUUUGGGGAAGGGUUGUGGCUCGGUGGCAGAGCACCUACUUCACAAGCAGAAGGUCCCAGGUUCAAAAUCUCCACCGGCAGCAUCUCCAGGUAGGGCUGGGGAAAGACUCCUUUCCUGAAACCCCCGAGAGCUGCUGCCAGUUAGUGCCGGCAGUACUGAGCUAGAUCACGAACAGAUCUGACUCAGGAUAAAGCAGUUCCAUGUGUUUAAGCCAACCUCAUGGGAACUAGAGACCUUGCUUCAUUUUUAAGAAAAGGGCCGUAGCUCAGUGACGCAGCACCUGCUUGGUACGCAGAAGGUACCUUACCUCUCUCGCCCUGACCUAGCCACCGUGAUCCACGCAACGGUCAACUCCAGGCUGGAUUAUUGUAACUCGCUCUACAUAGGGCUGCCCUUGAGACUGACCCAGAAACUCUAGCGGGUGCAGAAUGCCGCGGCGAGAUUCCUUACGGGGUCCUUGCUGCGAGAUCACAUUCACCUGGUGCUAUACCAGCUGCACUGGCUCCCGGUGGAGUACAGGAUCAGGUUUAAGGAGCUGGUUUUAACCUUCAAAGCCCUAUACGGCCUAGGACCCUCAUACCUACGGGACCGCCUCUCCUGCUAUGUCCCACGGAGGAACUUACGGUCUGCAAAUAAAAACAUCCUGAAGGUCCCAGGCCACAGAGAGGUUAGGCUGGCCUCAACCAGAGCCAGGGCUUUUUCGGCUGUGGCUCCGAUCUGGUGGAAUGCUCUGUCAUAAGACACUAGGGCCCUGCGGUACUUGACAUCUUUCCGCAGGGCCUGCAGGACAGAGCUGUUCCACCAGGCCUUUGGCCAAGGCACAGUCUGACCCCCUCCUUCUGUAAUAGAACUCUAGCCCAAUGGUUGCCAUUAAUUUGAUUUGAAAUAAUUUUAUAAUGAAAUGAUUUUAGAAUGUUUUAUCAUUUUACUGUUGUUAGCCGCUCUGAGCCCGGCUUCAGCUGGGGAGGGCAGGAUAUAAAUAAAUUUUAUUAUUAUUAUUAUUAUUAUUAUUAUUAUUAUUAUUGCAGGGGGUUGGGCUAGAUGACCCUUGAGGGACCCUUCCAGAUCUAGGUUUCUCUGAAUCCCCCUGGCAUGUCUAGGUAGAGCUGGAAGAGUUAUCUGCCUCAAACCCCAGAGAGCCCUUUCUGCUGGUCAUUGUGGACUACACUCAGCUAGAGGAACCAAUAGGUCAGACUCAGUCCUGGGCGUCUUCCCGUGUCCCUAAACUCUGCGUUUCUUUCCAGGUGAGCGGCCAUCUGGACUACAUGAAGCAGAUGGACACGAUCCUGAAAGCCGUGGGUGUCAAAACGAAGCAGUGCCGCCUGGAAGAGGAGGGUAGCCUCGCCACUCUCUCCACUGAGCUUCAGGAGGACCCGGGGCCGGUACCAUGUGACACUCAGGAAGAGCAAUGCAUCGUGGGAGAGGAAGGGCCCGGCGGUACCAAUGAAGGCGACGUCAACGGUGAUGACCACUGGGUGUGGGAGCCGGUUUCCAGCCACAGUUCGGGCCCAAAUGACCUCCCGCCGCCAGCAGAGGCGGUUUCUGGACAGGGUGAAAUCUCUAGUGCCGCAAGGGACCAGGAUGCAGCUGGGCUAGAAGAGCCUUUUCCCACCAGCUCAUCACAUUCCCAAGAACUUUCCAGCUCCGCAAGCGCCCCUCUGACUUUCAGAUAACAUAUGAGGCGCCGCAGCAUGCUGGUUAUUGUAGUGUUUGCACUGAGUCUUCCCAUCAGCCCUUUGCUGAAGUUUCCAAAGAACACUAAAGACUUGCCUUUGCAGGAGCAGACCAAAGAUCAGUCUGCUAGGAUUCUCUGUUCCGCAGCAGUCGUCCGGCCCUGAGAACACCAGCCGCAGAGCGUGAUGGAAGUAAUCCGUCCACGGUUGUUGUUUUCCAUGGUGUUUGGUAACUGGGAUGGGUGGGUGAGGAGCUGUCCUGCCCCCUGAGGAUGGAAGCUUUCCACCUUUACUUGACAAUGGCAAACAGUUCUCAAUUUCUGCUCAUCCUUCCAGUGCCCAUCGCCGUGCCUUACAGUAACUCACAUUCCAUAACCGCAUUUGUAUGAGGAAGCUUGUCCCUUUUGCCAAUCCAGAACUCUCCUGAGGGGAUGGGCCGUUGCACAGUGACUGAGGAGCCUGACAUUAAGAGCUGCUUGGCAGUGGAACCGACUCCCUUCGGAGGUUGUGGACUCUCCUUCAUUGGAGAUUUUAAAGCAAGAGUUUGGUCGACCAUGUCUCAUGGAUGCUUCAGUUGAGAUUCCUGCAUUGCAGGAAGUUAGGGUCCCUUCCAACUCUAUUCCAUGACAUCUCCAGGUUAGUGGUGGGAAUGUCCCCUGCCUAAAACCCUGGAGAGCCACUGCUGGUCAGUGUUGAUAAUACUGAACUAGAUGGACGCAGUGAUAUAAGGCAGCUCCCUAGGUUCAUAGACCAUCCCCUUUAUUCACAACCUUGCACUGUUUUUAGAGAAAGAGCCGUAGCUCAGUGGCAAAGUGCCUGAAGAAAGUCCCAGGUUCAAUCUAGGACACUGGAGACGUAGCAAGCUUCAUAGGAAAGAAGAAAAUAAAUAUACCUCUUUUAUUUAUAACUGCACAGGUUGAAAGGACAGGGGGUUGGAUGGGGAGAGGGACAAAAGUUGUGAUUUCUUCACCCCAACCCACCCCGGACAUCCGCUCGCACAAACCACAUCCAUUUUUUCCCCGUAAGUACCGUAUUAUUUGCUCUAUAAGACUCACUUUUUCCCUCCUAAAAAGUAAGGGGAAAUGUGUGUGCAUCUUAUGGAGCGAAUGCAGGCUGUGCAGCUAUUCCAGAAGCCAGAACAGCAAGAGGGAUUGUUGCUUUCGCUGCACAGCAAUCCCUCUUGCUGUUCUGGCUUCUGAGAUUCAGAAUAUUUUUUUUCUUGUUUUCCUCCUCCAAAAACUAGGUGCAUCUUAUGGUCUGGUGCGUCUUAUAGAGCGAAAAAUACGGUAAGUUCUGUGCAAGUCCUCUAAGGAAACUCCUGAUGUGAUGUGCCCCGUUUCCCUGCUUGAGGCGAAAUGGAAAGUGUCGCCUUGCCACCGCCACCGAAACAUCCCUUACCUAGGUUGCGUGGUGGCGGCACGAAGCAGCAGAGGCGGCGAUGGCGGGUUCCAGUGAGAUCGUGUCAUCUUGCUGGAAAUUGGCACCAUUUCUCUGCCAUUUCAAGGUGUUGCCUUGGGGCUUCCACUGCCCAGGGCAGCUGCUUCACCCGGCCUUUUGCAGGGGCUGGCCCUGCGUAUCCCGUCAGGCUUCACACGACCCUUCAAGCUGUGGGUAUCCUUGCUCAGGAAGAAUGAGCAACACCCCCCCCCCCCCCACCGAGGGGCACGGUUUGAAGGCACAGAAUUUAGCCAGCUUGCAGAGGAAGCUAAGCAGGUCUCGGUCGGGUUGGGGGUCGGAGAGAUACAGGGGUGGCAUUAUGUUACUGGGAAAUGCUCCCCCGCCACCGCAUGUAAGAAAGGUGAAGGUGUCAGUAUAAUAAAUAACAAUUUUAAACAGUGGCUCUGAGUUAGACGAAUUAACAUCUUGAAUCAUUUUACACUCUUGGAAGAAAAGGCUGCAGUGGAAUGAACCUGAGAAUACCGUAUUUUUUGCACCAUAACACUCACUUUUUUCCUCCUAGAAAGUAAGGGGAAAUGUCUGUGCGUGUUAUGGAGCGAAUGCAUACGGAUGGCGGGGGGGAUCUGCUGCAGUGGUGAGCAGAGGAUCCAUGGUUCCCCUUCCUUCCC